GUUGUUUUCCUCCUUAUUGGAACUAUAUUUGACAAGUGUAGUAAUACCCUUGCUUAUAUGUACGAAGAGACCCAACAAUGGCGAUCUUACAUUUCUGCCUAUCGUUCUUUUUUACUUCGUGGGUAUUUGCUCCCGGCUACACACAACCUAUUAUGACAUGGCCACUUGCUUUUGCUGACCCUGCCUAUGACAUCAUAAAACAAACGGCCGAAGGAGGGAAAGUCGGAUGCAGAAAAGAAAUUGGCGACUUGAAUCAACAUCUGGGGUACCAGGCCAUCAAGUUUGUUGGAGACAGACGUUCCUACGUCGAUUUAAGAGUCGUGUCGGGUUCUGCAGGUACUUUGGGAGAUUUUGCAUUUGUUCUGACUGUAAAAGCCUGCAGCACUAUCGGUGGAACCGUUUUCAACUAUCAGCAAGAUACGGGCCCCAUCGUAAGCCGAAGGGUAAUCCGGGACAUUGUACUUUGGUGCAACACCACGCACGUUAUUGUCGAUGUGAUAAGUGUAACAGGUGACUCACUUGGGCAAAUUGUUUCAGAACAAGAUAUGGGAGGCAAUGAAUGGGUUAAUCUCGCUCUCGCGUACGACGAAAGCAACCCUGAGCUGAAGCUCAUGAAAUCCCAAUCUGAUCUGGGUCUUGUGAGGCUUUCAGGCAUUGGAACCAAUCCACGCCUUGGUUUGCCAGGAACACUGCGCAUAGGCGGAAGGUUGAACGGGACGUCUAGCCAAGCGUUUGCGGGUCAAGCAAUAUGCUGCGUCAUGUAUGACAGUAAGAUUGCAAAUGGUGACGUCAUGAAUGCUGUAGAUGAGUGUUACUCUGGAAUAUGGCCCUCAUCUUAUCCUUCCACGCCUGGUAAGAAUCUAGGCUCAUAA